UUAUUCAUAUUUUAGGGUAUUUUGGUAAUUAAUUAAAACAAAUAAAUGUAGUUUAGUAAGCAAAAUUGUUUAAUUUUAGAAAAAAUGACAUUAAAAAUUAUAUUUUUUUUUUUAGAAUUUCUUGAUACGUCGAAAGUCCUCGCCAGUUUGUCAACAACGUCAACACCACUCUUCGUUUUAUUAUAGUAGGUUAUGAUUUCGGGUUUAUUUUUAUCACCAGUUCCUUCAUCAAUUGCAGCAUCGUGAUGUAGGGUUGAUAGUAAAUAAACCAUCUUACGAGGCUUGGGCACGUACGAUACCAGUGUGACGUCAUUUUGAAAACCAAAUAAUGAUGUGAUUUCAUCUCGCCUUGUUUUGAAAUCACAAGGGAUACACGUUUUGUUUGCUCUCAAUGUCCCGACUAAUGUUAAUUUUUCAUCGCUCAAUAAAUGUGUAGCACCCUCUAAACUUGUAAAAAAGUUGUCUAUGGUGAUGUUUCGAGACGAACCUGAUACAGGUAAAACCAUUCUUUUAACGACGUCUAAUGGUUUAUUACUGAGUGCGUAAGGACUGUCUUCAGGUUGUUUUCCACAGUAUACUUCAAGUUUUUGUGUAUAAAACGUGCUGCUGUCAACUAGAGCAUAGAUCUUUAUGCCAUAUUUGGCUGGUUUGGACGGGAUGUAUUGACGAAAACUACAUCUUCCUCUAAAUGCCACCAGUUCCUCAUCCAAUGUCAGGUUCUCGGUUGGUGAGUAUAUCUCGUCACAGUUUCGUACGAAAUAUUCAAGUAUUUCCCGAAUGGGUGCGAGGCGAUCCAUCGACGCCCUUUGGCUCCUUGAUAGCAUGCUGUCAAACCUCAAAUUAUUGAGCAAGAAAGCAAACCUGUUUCGACUCAUUGUCAUGGGGAAUAUUUCUAAACCUGUGCCAUCCUUAUUCCACAAAUCAUUGGUAUUUUGACGUCCGGAACGGUUCAAUCCAAAUUUUUUAAAGUAAGAUUCUACGUUAGAGGACGUUGGUCUGUCUAUGUCUGAUUUAUAAAGAUUUUUCAUCACAUUUGACCACAAAGGGAAUUGGCGCAUCAAACGUGUUAAGGUAUCAAUAAAUCCUGGGAAGUAAUAUAAAUUAUCAUGAUUACCUGAGUCAUCGGCAUCAUCAAGAGUGAUUAUAAUUUUUUCAGCAUCAAUUUUAUUAGAGAACCAUGUUGGAUAUUCUUGUCUAGAUGUAAUGAUACUCUUGCAAUCAGUAGUUUUACAUUUCAUAGUACUUUCAAAUAUUGAAUAACUUGAAUCCUCAAUAAUUGUAUUCAAUUUAUCGUUUUCUAUGAUUUCGAUUUCUGUAUCUUUAGUACAAAAUGUGCCUAGAUUUUUUAGUCUAUUUUUGGCACUUUCACACCUCGUGGGACUGCCAUCAUUAUUCAUGCCGUCUCGUUGAUUUAAACAAACAAUAAUUAGAUCUGAAAUAAUCUCUUUUGCUUUAGCAUAAUCAUCGCAACUUUUUAGUUCAAUAAGGCAUUUUAUAUAAAAAAAAUUAACUCUGACGUCAAUAUGUUUGAAACAGGACAAGUUAAAUAAUAUUUUUAUAAAAUGACUUGUGUCUAUACGUAUAUAACAUGCAUCACUCGCUUCUUGAUUGUCUUCUAAUUUUCUGUAUGAGUCAUCAACAUAUUUAGUAGUAGAAACAUGGUCAGUGAAAACCUUUACGACUGCUCCGAUUAAUGCGGAAGAAUCAUCUAAAAUGACUUCGUUCGGAGCAGGGUUAUGUUUUUUCCAAUCUUCGAGCCAGUGGCAUAUUGUAUCCAUCGUCUGACUUUCGGAUAUCAUUUGUGAUAUUGGAACAGAACUUUCAUUUUUUAUGGUUUUCAUCAUCAAUACGUACAAAAAUAAAUGUUUAGUCACUAGCAUCUUGGUAUUUGGACCCAAUUCUUUGAAAAUGCUCCCAGUAGCAUCAAUACUGAGAACUAAUCUAUCCAAUUUCUUAAAAUUUUUCAAACAGGUUUCUUGGGCGUGUGUCCAAUAAUAUACGUAAAAUGGGUACAGUGAGAUGUGCUUAAUGGAUUCUUUGUAAGGUGUGACACGUGUCAUUAUCCACAAAGACAAUACUUGAUUUGUGUCAUAAUGUGAACUAGUUCUUUCCUCGUGUUUAAUUUGCCUUAAGCAGCCUAACGUGGGCAUGUGGGGCGGUUCAAUGUCACUAGGUUCCAUGAGCUCGUUUGCUAUUUUGUUACGGCAUACAAUUGCAGAUUCAUGCUUUAGUUCAGCGGACAAAUCAACGCGCUUCACUGGUGAUAAUUUAAUCUUUUUUUCCGGAACAUGAGUAAACGAUGAAUCAAAGUUCGUUACAGUACAUACACAUAGUGCUAUUUUAUCCACAGGCCAGGAAAUCACAACUAUUAUCGACGCUUUACAUUGCUUGCAAAAACCUCUACAAAUGAUUCUUUCUUGAUUCUUAAUAGUAUAAUGUUGGAAAAUCCAAAGACAAGGAGUUUUCAUUGACUUCACAUAUGCUUUGGUAAACGAUAUUUAUUUUUAGUGACAGUUUUUCCUUUUUGCGUUACUUUUACUUGUUUGCGAAACGGCUGAAUUUUUUCGCAUUGAUACAAAUCAAUCAUAAAAUCAAACUUAAUUGACUUACUUAGUGAGCAGCGUUGUUCUUCAUUUACUCCUGUUUUGCUGCAAGAACUAUCAUAGUUUAUAACUUCCGUGACAUCGAAGAAAUAAUUGAAAUUCCUUUGUAGGGAUAGUAAAAGUCCUUUUUCGGAAACAGGGCAAGAUAAAGCAUUUUUUAUUUCUGUAAACACAGGGUCACUUGCAGAAGGAAGAUUAUGAAUACUAGGAAAAAUAUGCUUGUAUGCCAAAAACACUUUUUUUUGUUCUUCCAAAGACACUUUACAUUUCCUGCCCUUUUUCAUUUUGAAAUAAUGAUGAUUUAUAUUUAAAACACUUGUAUUACGUUAUCUUUGUUCAAAAGUAAUGAAAUUUCGACACAGUGAAUGUCUAACAGAAUUUAUUACAAUUAAUAUUAAUCUACCCUCUAUCACCAAUUCACCAUAAUAAAAAUAAGCGCCUAAAUGAAAAUGUUAACUCAAAUCGUAUGCGUUUUUGCUCUUCUAGUACCAUCAGGCACUUUAUAUUAAAUGUUGAUAACUUUUUUAACUUGAUACUUACAGGUUAAAUGUUUAUGAAAUUUGACGGCACUAAAUAGGCACCAAUUGUUGGUCCACAAAUAUUUUAGUUUCUACAAUCAGUUUGAGCACCACAGAGGGGUGACCGUACAUCUAAACGUCAGAAUGACCGGUCACCUUCAAAUUGUUUAUUUUGGCGAGAAUAUCGCGGCACAAAUUCUCUGGUUAUAGGCACUAGAUGGCACUAAUAGGGCACCAAUUUUUAAGCAUAUUUUCAACUUGAAAUAAAGGGGGUGACCGGUCAUUCUGACGCUCACAAACUUUUGUAUGAUUUCGUAGGCCGUUUCUUUCUCACUUAUAUAUUCCAAUUGCCUGUUCGUUAUUGCGCUGUAAAUAUAGUUGACAGCUUGAAUGCCAAGUGGCAUCGUCGGUACUUGUUUUAGCUCGUAAUAUCACAUCUUUACACUUUUUGAACUGUAAAAACUUGAGAAUACGUAAUUUCCAGUUGCUAUAGUCUGAACCAUCGAAGAUCGGAAUGUUUAUAUCACUGUUUUUCGCCGCCAUUUUCACGUAGAUAAAUCUUUGUUAUUUUACUUCUUUUCCUUCUAAAAUCUUUGUUUUCACUUUUCUCUUAUAAACUACGCUCUGCUACCAUCUUAUUAUGAAGAAAUAACACUUGUUUUAGACUGGACACUUCGUUUUAUUUAUAGAAAUUACUUUUACAUAAACCGAUACAAUCACAUCUUGGCAGCCAUAAUACCAACCGCAGAUAGAAAACAAACGUCACAGAUCAUAAUCCAGUGUUGCCAAUAUAAAUGUACUACUAUUACCAACAUAAACAACUGCAUUAUAAUUUUAGAGUGGGAAUGUCAACCAUCAGCAAAAUAAUCAAAGAAACGUGUUCUGUUAUUUGGGGCGUAUUAAGUGCAGAAUAUUUAAAGUUGCCCAAUACCGAAGAAGAAUGGAAAGCGAUCGCUAAAGCUUUUAAAACGAAAGCAAAUUUUCCUCAUUGCCUCGGUGCGCUGGACGGCAAGCACAUAAGGAUUACAAAGCCAAUAAAUAGUGGUUCUAUGUUUUUUAACUAGAAGGAUUAUUUUUCUUUUAUUUUAUUUGCAAUUGUUGAUUCAGAAUACCGUUUCAUUUACGUUAGUAUUGGUUCAUACGGAAAAGAGUGUGAUUCAUCUAUCCUAAAACAAUCCAAUCUUUGGAAGAAACUAAAUGAUGGUACUUUAAAUAUACCAAGAUCCACGCCAUUACACGAAAAUAUGCAAGAAGAAAUACAAUAUAUUAUGUAUUUGUUGGAGACGAAGCCUUUACAUUGUCACAAAAUUUAUUGCGACCUUAUGGCGGUACUCAUUUAGACAAUAAGAAAAAGAUAUUUAAUUACCGUCUAAGCCUGGGAAAAAAUGUUUGACCGCUUGUAUUGAUGAAACUUCGAAGUCCAUGGUCAUUACAGCCGGCUCCCAUUCAGGUAUCUGGCUUUUUAUGAGUUCAAAAAGCAACUUAUACGUAGAUGUCUUCUUCAGGUAGAAGUGCGUAAACUACUGGAACAACAUUUACGUAGUCUUCAUUACUUCCAACAUCUGCAUGUAUAGUACAGAGUUGAUAAAAUGACUUAAUACAAAUUUUAAAUGUGCCAUCCAUAUAGAAAUGUUUGCACAGUUUAAAAUAUUUUUUUAUUUCUACACUUGCAAACACAAUUACGCGCUUUUUUGCCCCCUAUAGUCAGCAAGCAACAAUUUUUGGUACUUCGACGUCGGCAGCAUUGUGAAAAGUGAUUUUUCUUGCUCCAAUAGCAUUGUUUCUUUUUUUGUAGAGUCGCUUUUCUAUGUUGUGAAAAUGUGAUAAUACAUACAUACAUAAACUCACGCCCGUAAUCCCUAAUGGGGUGGGCAGAGCCACAAGUAAUCAAAGACAACUUGCAGCCACUGUUGAUACGAAGUCCAAAGAUGGAUAAUGUGAUAAUUGUGUAACAAAAUGUAAUCCUUCGUCUUUGAGAACUUCCAUAUUAUUUUCAAACACUUGCGAUUGCUAGCCAUUGUUAUACGUCCACCAUGCGCAGGAGUCUGACAAGUUCUAACACGCACAAAGCAAACCGAGUACAGACGCGAGGGGCGCGCGGGUGCGAGAGGGAAGGGAAAACACGUGUUCGUCUACAUACAGUUGCCGUCCACGAUUUUUUAUCGUUUUACGACUGUCGUGCUUGCCGUUCCCACUGUCACGACAAAGUGUCGUAGACGACAGUAAAUUGUGUCGUUCUAAAUGUGAACACCUCCAUUUAAACAUAUAAGGCCUCGGUCUCGAAUUUUGCGGGCAGCGGAGCGGCAGCGGCGGCGGCGCGGGAGAGGGGCGGGCAACGCAUACCUGUUCUCGAAACCAGCGGGCAGAUCGCGCGGCACUGUAGCGGUGUAGUGUUGUGUUCGUGGUUGUGUUGUCGACAUUCGCAAACGAAAUGUCUGAAAAUCGGCGACAACGGCGUUUUUUAUUUCUUCCCAUAAACGAUUAAUUAUUCUUCUAUUUUUAUGGUUCACAUCUUUGCUGUUCCAUAUGGGUCUCCUCUCAAAGAUUGCCGAAAUAAUUUGCUCUUGCACGUCCGAGGACAUUUUGAUACCUACGUUACGAAAAAAAAGUACAACACUAUACUACAAUGCAGACGCGCAACGGUCACCGCUCGACUGGAGUGCACCGCUCGUUGACCGCCCCCGCGCCGCUCCCGCGCCGCUGUUUUCGAGGUACCCGGUCCAUUUGACGAUACGCAUAAGAUCCUGCCGCUCCCGCGCCGCCGCCGCCGCCGCCCCGCUGCCCGCAAAAUUCGAGGCAGAGGCCUAAGCCACGACACUUAAAACUACACGAUUAUCUAUCGUCACGACACGAUGGGAACGCGCCUUUAGAUUCAUCAGAUUCUUAGGUUGGUGAUAACUAUUUCCAACUUUCAAAAUUUUCUACAGUUAUUCUUUCUCGUUCUUUUUGUUUAUUUUCUACAUUUACCACAUGAUCUGACAUUUUUUCCAAUCUCCUGCUGUUAUACUUUUAAAUGACUCUUUAAUUAGUUUUUCAACUUGCUCUGCAGUAAGUUUAAUAUUAUGACUCGCCACUUUUCUUUUUGCCAAACUCCAAAUCAGCUCGAUGGCAUUUAAGUCACAGUGGUAGGGUGGCAAUCUCAGCACCUCAUGAUCAUGCUGCUUUAAUAUUUCAUCAGCUUUAUAUUUGGGUUCUGAUUUACCACGUUUCAUUAUUUCUAAUAAUUCUGCUUUAGUGUAACACUCUUCAAAUGAAAUGUCAUUUAAAAUUAGCCAAUCUAUUAUCUCCUAUUUGCGGUUUUGUGUCGUGGGAGCUUUAUUAAUGAUCAGUGAAUGAUAACUGACGUUAUCUAUAACGAUCAAACUUGGCUCCUUAAGAUUGGGGAUUAACAUGUCUUCCAGUCAUUUAUGAAAGUUAGUGGCGUUCAUGUCAUCGUGGUACUCUGCCAUUUUGGACUUUGUGCUAAACACCAAUAAUGAAUUUGGCACAAAACCUUUUUCUGAUCCUGCAUGAAUGAACAAUUAUAUAUCUUUUCCCAGACGAUAUAUUUUCAAUUGCUCUACUUGCGCUUGGCACCUUGCCACGAUUUUUUUGGUUUGUAAAUAAAUAAAUCUGCAGUAUUGUCAAUUAUUCUCAUUUUUUCCAACAUAACACGCUGUCCUUUUUACGACAAUCUUUAUGUUUUGUUUUCCAUAAAGGCUCUCGCUCUCUAAAUAAUUCAAUAAAUACAAUCAAAUCAUCAUUACUUCAUGUAGUCAUUUCGUUUAUCGAGUAUAGGUAGGUGAGUACGUAACGCGUUAGCCAAGGCGUUCGGCGGGUGCGACGACCGGCGUCAGAGUGAGACAAAAUCGAAUCGUUGAUCGUAAAGAGCCACAUACCGUGUCGAUUCAUCGUUACGAAAUUCAUGAUUGCAUGGGUUUUUGUUGCGAUUUCCGAUAUCGUCUUCGAUGAAGUAAAUCGUUAACGAUCUUGAUAUACACUAUCGAUUCGUCGUUUCGAUCGGUCUGAAGCGACGGAUCGUACAGACAAAUCGUACCGUAUAUGGGGCCCUUAUGCCUCAUACACACGUAACGAUUUAUCGUAGCGAUUUCAGACUGUGCAGAUAAAUCGAAUGUUCCUAUUGUCUCGACACGCCUCCGAUAUCGACGUCGAUCAGGCAGUUCUCCGCAGAAGCUCACGCAAGACACAUGUCAGUUACGAUGGAAGACUAUGACGCACUUGCGAUAUUAGGCCUGGUUAUGUGUUUAAAGAAAAAAAAGAAGCGGAGUCUAUGGUGUAAAGACUGGCUCAUAAAAAGGAAGCAAUUUUCUCAUACCAACUUGUUAAAUGAGUUGAAAUUCAUUCCGAAAGAUUGGCAUAACUAUUUAAGGAUGAAUGAGGAGGCAUAUUUAAAUCUGCUGGCUUUAGUUUCUCCACUAAUAAAGAAACAAGACACUGUGAUGAGAGAAGCUAUAAGUCCUCAUGAAAGAUUAACUGCUACACUGCGAUUUCUAGCUACAGGACGUUCCUACCAAUGUAUGAAGUUUUCUACAGUGAUAUCACCGCAAGCUCUUAGCCAAAUAAUCCCUGAAACCUGUGAUGCUCUAUAUGAGGUUCUACGGAAAGAGUACUUAAAGUUUCCAAAAACAGAAGAAGAGUGGAGAAUAAUAGCGAGAGAAUUUGAGCAGACGUGGAACUUUCCUCACUGUUUAGGUGCUAUUGAUGGCAAGCACGUUGAAAUCGUGCCUCCAAGCAACAGUGGCUCGUUUUAUUCAAAUUCAAAUUCAAAAAUUCUCGUUUUAUUCAAAUUCAAAUUCAUCUUUAUUCAGUAGGUAACAUAGUUACACUUUGAAUCGUCAAUUUUACAUAACGAACGUCUCAUCCGCCUAAAACUACUGCAGCUUCUCACAACCUGUAUAGCCGGGGAAAAGAAGCUACAAGAAAAACCUCGGCACAGGGCCCUAGACGUUCUUUAAAAAAAUAAAAAUAAACAUAAAAUAUUGGUAUACAAUUGAGUAAUUUAGCUGCCUAAUAUCAGUUCUCAGACGGUUAAUCCCAUGCAUUCAUAUCUUCUAAAUAAUCACUAACUUUAUAAUAACCUUUUUUGUAAAGUUUUUGUUUAACUACUGUCUUAAAACAGUUGAAAGGCAAAUUCUGAAUGUCAAUGGGAAUCUUAUUGUAAAAACGUAUACAUUGCCCCUUAAAAGAUUUAGUAAUCUUAUGUAAUCGACUGACUUGUAAAGCAAGUUUAUUUUUAU